AGUAGGUGAAUUGAAACGAGCGAUUUGUACGAGGAAGUGGUGCUGUUGCAUUGCGUGAACAAAUUGAGGUGUGGUGUGCAUGUUCAACAUUGGGCACCGAUGAUGGGUUCAGCUACUGUGCAAAUAGCGACGUCAAAAUUUGUUCUUUGCCCGAAUGCUUCAGCGGCGAAGGUUGCGAGUCCCAAGAAGAAUGCCGUCAUCAAUUUCUCUUCCAACUUCAAAGGAAGUGUUACCAAAAUCCAUGCCAUUCCCCCUAAUGGCUCUGUCUCUAUCUGCUCUUCGCGUGUGUCUGUGUCAAGUUUAAAGGCAGAUGAGAACAAGCGCAGAAGUAAUCUUGAAUCCCUGUUUUGUUAUGAUAAGGCUAUUCCAGAAGAAAUAAUUGAGAAACCUGUUGGGUUAUCUUUGGAAGAGAAAGCUAUUGGUAACAAUACCCGAUGCACUGAUUGCCAGGCCAAAGGUGCUGUGCUUUGUGCCACUUGUGCUGGUUCUGGUCUAUAUGUUGACUCCAUAAUGGAAAGCCAGGGCAUAAUUGUUAAAGUUCGUUGCUUAGGGUCUGCUGCAGUUGGCUUUCUGCACCCUUUGCAGCUUUGAUCCUACAGCUGCAGAUUGCGGAAUCAUGUUUAUAAUGUUGCGGCGGAACAGGAAAUAUAAUGUGUGCAGAAUGUGGUGGACGAGGUCAUCUGGGACCCAAAUGAUCAAGUCUGACUUUUUUGAAAUUUGUUGUAUUUGUACCUCCAGUAUGUAAUAUUUUCGUUGAUAUUGAUUGUAACCGUUAUUAUUAUUAUUAUUAUUAUUUUUGUAAAUCAAGGAGUCGUUAUGACUGAAACCUAAGAUAUUUACCAAAUUCUCUGCUAUUCCUAAUGCAUGAGCUAAAGCUCACAUAGCUGUCAUAUUUAUUCUUAA